AUGGCAAAUUUUUCAGGUGGAUAUGCCACCAGGGCUGAAACUGAUUCUCCAGGCCUAGUCUGCAAGUUGAACAAGUCACUGUAUGGCCUUAAACAUGCAACCUGGCAACGGUACUAUAAGCUGACUGAAGUUUUAUGUUCAAGGGGAUAUGUGUACUCCUUGAAUGACUAUUCCCUUUUCUAUAAGAAGACAGAAUACUCCACAAUUUAUAUAGUUGUAUAUGUAGAUGAUGUCAUUGUUACUGGAACAGAUCUUUCAGAGAUUGUUCAGCUCAAACAUUUCUUGCAUGAUCAGUUUAAGAUCAAGGAUCUGGGAAGACUACAUUAUUUCCUUGGCUUGGAGGUUUUGUAUACAGCUGAUGGUGUGAUCAUUUCACAAAGGAAGUUUGCUUUGGAUAUGCUUAAGGAAUUUGAUUGCAUCUCCUACAGUAGUCUCUCUACUCCUUUUGAUCCCAAUGAGAAGCUGAGGGCCAAAGAGGGAAGACCAUUGUCAGAUUCUACAUAUUACAGAAAACUUGUAGGAAAAUUAAACUUCCUCACAAACACUAGAUUAGACAUAGCUUUCAAUGUAAAAUAUCUUAGUCAAUUCAUGCAAGAUCCCAGAGAACCACAUUUGAAGGCUGCCUUUCAUCUGCUUAGGUAUUUGAAAAGUGAUCCCACUCUAGGAAUUUUUCUGUCUAAUGAUUCUGAUUGUAGUCUGAAGGGUUACUGUGACUCAGAUUGGGCAGUCUGCCCAGAUUCUAGGAGAUCAGUUACUGGAUACAUAGUACUACUGGAGAACAUUCCAAUUUGUUGGAAGUCCAAGAAACAAGAAACAGUUUCCUUGUCAUCUACAGAACCAGAAUAUAGGUCCUUGAGAAAAGUUGUUGGGGAACUGACUUGGUUGUGCAGAUACUUCGAUGAACUUACUGUCUCUUAUCCUAAGCCAGUCUCAGUUUUUUGUGACAGCCAAUCUGCUCUGCACAUAGCCAAAAAUCCUGUUUUCCAUGAAAGAACUAAACAUAUCGAAGUCGAGUGUCAUUUUGUGAGAGACAAGCUUCAUGAGGGCCUCAUUUCCUUACAUCAAUUGCUACCGGUGCUCAACUAG